GCGAAUGAUAUCGGCACCGUUCUGCAGUGACAGUGGGCCUUACUAGGCCCAGCGUUUGAACGCGUUCUUUCAGGGUUGGAAGCCAAUCUCUGAUUCCUAGAUCGGCGGCGCAUCCUACGGUGAUAGGUCAAUGGGAAGCGCUCGAUCUUAAGAAAUCUAUCACUGGUAAAGAGCCAUGCCAGCACAUCACGGUCUUUGCCGUCGUCGCCGUUGGGGUGAUCCUCUAUACGAAGCCUAUUCCUGCCCCACAGGAUAUACAUGCGUUGUGCGCGUCAAUAAUCGCGAAUACCAGACAGACAUAGUCUGCGAGUCGGAGACUCUGGCUCGCGAGAAUGCUGCGAUGCGUGCAUACCUUAUUUGCCGUAACUUUUCGGUCAACGACGGGAUGUAUCCCGCUGGACAUGACCAUGGAGGAGUGGUGCAGGGCGUUCCCGUAGCCAUAGGCACCGGCCGGAGGGGCCGCUUCAAUGACGAUACAGACACAUCGACCAGUGCAGGAAGCAGAAGCGGUGGCAGCAGCCCAGAAAGCUACGAAGGCCGGGUUGGCUUCGAUCGUCGAACAUCUGGCCCGGCUAGGGCUCUCGCCUACAGCGGUCGUGCCUUAUAAGCCGAGCACCUGCGGCUACCAUUUUAUUUUCCCGUGGACAGGGACGACAUCGAGUUUGGUUUUCAGGAGAUCAGGGUGUACAAAGGGGGACAAAAAUUACGACGUUAUGACUUUCAUGAAUAUUUUCUGGUUCUUAUAGAUGGAAAGAAAAUUCAGCCUGAGCAACGACAUGUUUCUCACUGACAGA